AUGUCAAAUAGUUUAUACAGCAAAGAAAAAAAAGUUGGUGAAGGUACAUUUGCUAUUGUUUAUCUUGGACGUCAGUUAGAAGGAACAACAGUAAAAAGGAAUGUAGCUAUUAAAGAAAUUAAAACUUCUGAAUUUAAAGAUGGCUUGGAUAUGAGUGCCAUAAGAGAAGUGAAAUAUUUACAAGAGCUCAAACAUGUUAAUGUUAUUGAAUUGGUGGAUAUCUAUAAUGAAAAGGGAAACUUAAAUUUAGUAUUAGAAUUUCUACCAGCAGAUUUAGAAAUGAUUAUUAAAGACAGCUCCAUUCUUUUUACGCAAGCUGAUAUUAAGUCAUGGUUACUAAUGGCCUUAAGGGGUGUUCAUCAUUGCCAUAGAAAUUUCAUAUUGCAUAGAGAUUUAAAGCCAAAUAAUUUGUUAUUGGCACCAGAUGGCCAAUUAAAAUUAGCAGAUUUCGGUUUGGCAAGAUCAAUUCCAUCACCACAAGAACAAUUAACAAGCAAUGUUGUAACAAGGUGGUAUAGGGCACCAGAAUUACUUUUCGGUGCUAAGCAUUAUACAUGGGCUGUCGAUAUAUGGUCCAUUGGUGUGAUAUUUGCUGAAUUAAUGCUAAGAAUACCAUAUUUACCAGGUAAAGAUGAUAUAGAUCAAAUAGAUGUUACAUUUAGAGCACUAGGUACCCCUACCGAGAAAUUGUGGCCUGAAGUUUCCAGUUUUCCCACAUACAACAAAAUUAAAAUGUAUCCAGCGCCUUCAAGAGAUGAAUUAAGAAAGAGAUUUAUUGCAGCGACAGAAAAUGCACUAAAUUUAAUGAGCGGUAUGUUAUUAAUGAAUCCACACGCUAGAUGGGAUUCAGUGAAAUGUCUUCAAAGUGAUUAUUUUACAGAGUUACCAGAACCCACGGAGCCAUCUCAAUUACCUAAACUAAAUAAAAAGGACUAG